AUGCAAUCGAACAAACAAGCCCUCGGCUCCCUAUCAUUAGGCCAACACCCCUCCCACACCCUGGACCACAAGAUCCAACUCGCCUCCAAGUACGGCUUCACCGGCAUCGAAGUCGUCUUCUCUGACCUCCAGAACUACUCUGACCAGCACCACAUCUCCAUCCUCGACGGCGCCGCCCGCAUCAAACAAGUCUGCGACACACACAAUGUCGAAGUCCUAGCCCUCGCGCCUUUCGAGAACUUCGAAGGCGCCCGCUCCCCUCUCAAUGGCCGCCUCGCCACCGCAAGACACUGGCUCACGAUCGCGCGCAUCCUUAAGGCCCCAUACCUCCAGGUACCAUCGCAAUUCGACCCGAACAGCAUCACCGACGAGACAGUGAUCGUGCGAGAACUCCAACAUCUCGCAGACCUUGGGACCGCUGAAUCGCCCCCCGUCGCGAUCGCCUACGAGUACCUCUCUUGGGGCACGUACUGCUCGACGUGGGACACCGCCCUCCGACUUGUAAGGCUAGUCGACCGCGCAAACUUCGGCCUCUGUCUGGAUACAUUCCACGAGCUCACCAAACUCUGGGCCAGUCCGUUCGAAGUCUCCGGGAAAUACCCUCGGGGGGACCAAGCCCUUCGCGACUCCUUGCACCGAUUCAAGACGGCUGUCCCAUUGGAUAAAAUAUUCUACGUGCAGCUCUCCGACGGCGAACGAUUCGAUCCGCCCUUCUCGGAAUCUCACCCGUGGUAUCUGGAAGGCGAGGCACCGCAGUUCACGUGGUCGAAGCAUGGGAGACCGUUUCCGUUAGAGACAGAGCUGGGCGGAUACAUGCCUGUGCCAGAGGUCGUGCGGGCCUGGGUCCUGGCGACUGGGUUCCGGGGCUGGAUCUCGAUGGAGGUGUUUGAUCGGCAGAUGCGCAGCAGGGGGUUUGAGCCUGAGACGUCGGCGAUUCGCGCGCGCGAAUCCUGGCGGAAGGUCCAGGCUGCCGUCGUCGCUGAGGAUCGCCCGGUGGGGAAGCUGGAAUUGACUGCGUCAAAGCCCGGCUCUCCGGGGAUAGUUCGGGCCAGGAAUAUCGCCGACCCUCGACUCUAUCCUUCGCUGAGUCUAGAAAUUGUCAAAGGGUACAGCCAGGAUGUCAUUAAUUUUCUGGAAGACGGGAUGCGGGACCUCCCUGUCGUGUUUGCUCGAUCUAUGAAGACGAUGUUCGUUCAUCCGGAUUUGUUCGAGGGAGAAACCCCUCCGGCUUCGAUACAGGAGGCUCAUGUGUUGUGCAAGUUGCAUCUCACGGCGACUGAAAAGGGAGAGACCCGCUCUCUCGUUCCCGUGUUACGUCGCAAGUCCGCCCAGCUGCAACGACAGGUGAACCAUCCAGCCAACUUCGAGGAGCUGCUUGGCUGUAUUCAAGCAUUGAUUCUGAUCCAGUGCAUGUUGAUCCUCAAUGAAGACGAUGAGGAGGCAACUCCGUACUCCGAGACAGUCAGCACGAUGCUCAUGGACCUGGCCGAACGAUUAUGGCAGCAAGCUCCCAUUCAAUUACCAAACACGCUGAGUCCGAAACGCGCUUGGCUUUUUGCAGAAAGUGUCCGCCGCACGAUCAUCGUGGGAUUCUUGCUUCGGAGCGUGUACUCGCUCAAGAAGAGAAAUUAUUCUGUCCGGAAUCCGUUCAUCGAUUCGCUUCCUUUCGAUGUGCGAGUUUCCCUUUGGGAUGCAGAAGACUCGCCUGAGGUGUGGAGAGGAGUACUCUCUGAGUCUGAGUCUUGGCGCUCGAUCAUGUCUCUGCAUCAGUAUUCUGCGAUGAUGGAGAACGGCCGCGUUCAUGGCAUCCCGCCGUUCGGAGCAUUGAUCCUGGCGGCUUGCAAGGGCCAGACGGCGUCUGAUGUGUCCUAUCCCGCCUUAAGGACGUACUACGUUUCGUGA